GGAGAACUUCGCUGGCAGUAAGAGAAUAACACAGCCCAUUGCACAGAGAGAACAACAUGACGGAGAAGAACGGGGACGGUUUCAGUGAAGCAGCAGAAGAGGGACCAGGUGGAAUCCUUAACAAAAUGUUUCCCAAAAUGAUCACUCAGAGUGCCGCAAAGGACUGGAUUAAGGGGCGUCGGGCACAGAUCCGCCCAUGGAAAAAUUUUGUGGAUCAACGUCGUUUCUCUCGCCCUCCUAACUUCGGAGAAGUGUGUAAGCGCAUGACAAGGAAUAUCGAGCAUUUUCAAAGCAACUAUAUGUUUAUUUCCCUUGGACUCAUCUUGUACUGCAUAAUCACCUCUCCCAUGUUGCUGAUCGCUUUAGCUGUGUUUUUUGGUGGUUGUUACAUCAUUUACCUGAGGACCUUGCAGUCCAAGAUGGUUCUGUUUGGUCGUGAGCUCAGCACAGCUAAUCAGUAUGGAUUGGCAGGUGCUGUAUCAUUCCCCUUUUUCUGGCUUGCAGGAGCAGGUGCCGCUGUCUUCUGGAUUAUUGGUGCCACUCUUGUUGUGAUUGGUUCCCAUGCAUCUUUUCAUGAGCUAGAGGGAGAGUCUGAAGAACUGCAGAUGGAACCUGUGUAAUAGUCCGACACCGGGGUCAACCUUUGAAUCCCUGGAAGUGCAGUUUUCGGAGACUUUUAAACCCUGACUGAUUUUUAUAUCCCUGCUUCGUUCCUUUUCUGGUUUUGGUCCCCCCCCCCUUCCCAGCUUGCACUUUUGCAGCAGGUUUUGCACAAGUAUUUCUAAAGGUCAGUAAAUCCUCUCUGUGAGGUGAAAUAGAGCAAAUAAAAUCCCAUAGGAUUUUAUAUAUGCACAACACCAGGCUUGAAAAAACAGCUUUGACACGGACUGCAAGCCAUGGAAGACACGGAAAGAUUCAGUGCUAAAUACUCGUAAUCUCAAUUUGUAAACUUUACUGUGUCUGUCAUCUUGUUACUGAAAUAAUAAACUUGUAUAUAUAAUUA